AUUGACAAUUCAAUUAAUGGCGAACAUGUUUACAAAUUUGAAACUUCCAACUUAAAAUCAACGCUAUGUAAAGACAAGAAAUAUAUCAGAUUUAAACGUUGGCGUUUUAAGAUUGAGAAUACAAAUUGACGUAAAGUUUACUAUUCUAAUAUUGAAUACAGGUGUUCAAACAGUAGAAAGAAACAACCAUGCAGUACUAUGACAGUAAAUCUCAGUUGGACGGGAGCGAGAUGGACUCCCAGUCCGCGUUUGAAAUGCAUCAAUGGCCGUCCCAUUACUCGUCACAGGCUAGUAUGGCGAGUAUCACCCCUAGUUACAAGAGUUACCUCUCGACUUACACACCAUCUCAAGCCUCCUUCUUCGUACUUCCUGUCACAGCUGAAGCUCCGAAUGAGAUGCAACGGGCGCAAGAUAACUGGGGAUUUGCAUUCUGCUCCUUAUUUUGCAAUCCUAUUUUUGGAAUUGCAGCCAUUCUUCUUGCUGAGAUGUCUAGAGAUUUCUUCAAGAAGAAGGAAUACAUACAGGCAUCAAAAUACGGGUCCUACGCAAAAGGAGCGGCAUUGGGCGGGAUCAUAUCCACCAUCAUCGUGUUAGUGCUAAUUAUAGCCCAAGUUUUACAUUAUAGACUCAAGUUUAACUACUAGCAGGAUCUAGUGCGAGACUGCUAGUCCAAGGUUGUUUUAACAAGGCAAGAAAAUACUGUUUAGUUUAAACGCAUCCAGAUUUCAUUUACUUCCAUAAUCAGGGUUUUCUUUGUGGCAGUGAGAGUCGUAGCUUUGUUUCUAUUUGAACUGAAUUUUGUUAUACCUUUUCAAUGAAUACAGACUAACUUAUAUGAAAAUUAUGUGUAAUAAAAUUGAAUUUUUUGAGUUAAAUUUUUGUUAACAUUAAGUUUAUUCAAUUGUGCAUGACCAAAGUUACAAAAAAAAUCAUGUUUUCUUUGUUUAAUUUGGAAGAUAUUUUGCUGAAUAGUUAUAUGUAAAAUCAUGAUUUUUGGUUUAUAUGUGAUCAAAAUAUCAAUAUCAUUCUGUAAUAGAAUUUUUUUUGUAAAUUUUAUAGAACAAUGCUUCAACACCAGAUUUUUGUACUUUUUAAUUGCAAAAAACGGUUUUUGAAUUGUACAGUUUUUUCUUGUUUUUGUGCCAUUUGUAAAUAGAAAUCAUUACAAAAUCUUUUUAAUCUUGUAUCAUAAAAUUUAUGACUGUUUUACAAACAGAAUGAAAGUGUUCAUAUGUAUUUUUAUGGUUGUGAAUAGUAUCUUUUAUUUUUAACUUUUCUUUGUUAUAAGAUAACAAAAUAAAUCGUGAUUCUGUUACAUUGUUGCAAGCUUGAUCAUAGGUUGUGAAUUAUUCGCUUAAAUUUUUUUUGAGCAACUUAAACCAUGGGUAAAAACCUUUUUAAAAAUCAAUUUUAUUUUACAUGGUAUGCUUUGCCAUGCGAAACUAAAAAUUUAUCAUCAUAUUUGUGAAGUUAAACUAAAUAAAGCCAUUUUCUGCAUUAUGUAAGUAAUUAGGUAAUUGUUAAGCUGGCAUGCCUCGUGAGUCCAGAUAAGUUUACAGAUUUCUGAUUUUCAAAAAAAAAAAAUUGGGAGGAAAAAAAUCAGUAAUACAUGUAGGUUUUAAGAAAUGUUAAAAUAUUCAUGAUGCAAGUUUCCUAGUUAAUCCAAGAUUCAGACACUUGAAAGAAACCAGCAAUGCUGGAAUAUUUUACACCAUCUGUGUUUGAAACAAAAUUUAUAGGCCUUUUAGGAGUGGUAACCAUUUUUCUUUUCUCGAACAUUUUUUCUUAACUUCAAGCAAUUUUGUAAUCAAUUUUACAAUCUCUCAUAACAGACUGUUAUAAAUUAUUUUUGGAAAUAUAAGCAUUUAACAGUCACUGUAUUCUUGAUUUUUGCAUUGAAUGAAUUUUGCUCAUUACUACUAGAGUUUUAGUUUAGUAGAUAAUUUUACACUUUUAGUUCCCAACACCAAAGUAUGGCUGGGAAAAAUUGAAAAGGCUCAUCAUGUGGAUAUACAAAAUGUGUGAUUGUGCAUUUGUAAAAAUGACUUUUUUUUCAAAACUACUUCAAGAACAUGACAUUUAAUCAAAUAUGUGUCACCAACUUGUAAAUUUGGUAAAUUUUGAAAACUUCGAGGAAUAUUCAUAGUUGUAUAUGUUGGCUUUACAUGAUUGCCCGUUUACAAUAAUGUAUAUAAAUUUUUAUCAUGGAAUAUAUUAUAUUGUAUUGUUUUCAAAUCAUUUAGCCGCAAGCAUUUUAUGGUAAAGCAAGUAAAGAAUGAUCUUUAUCAUUUAUAUUGAUAAUUAUUGUUAUACAUGAUGGUUGUGACAUGAAAGUGCUUAUUUCAAGUUUUUAUUUUUUUUGAGCUGAGCUUCCCAUUCAGAAUGUUUAUUGUGAUUUGUACAUUUCACUUUUCAUGAAUUGCCGAGGGUGUUUGUGCAAAAACUGUGGUUAUUAUGUAUGUACCAUAUACAUUAUAAUUUAUCAUAUUCAAUCAAGUCACAGAUAUGUGGAUUCUAAUUUAGAAUUGUUAAAGUCGCUGACUUAAAAACUUUAAGGUUUUCCUCUAUUUUUUGCGAAGGAUAUGGUGCCGGAUAUUUUAAAUCUUGGUGACUAAAAAUUGCGAUAGGAGAACGGGAAUGGUUCAUUCUGUGCGCAGCCUUGUGCCUGAAUUAAUGUGAGGCAGUUGAAAAUUGGGAUUGUUUCUGUAUCAGUGAAAAACCUUAGAUAUUCACCAUAUGACCUGCAUAUAAAUUUCUGUGAAUUAUAGCCGAACAUCAUUGUACCAUCUGGUCUGUAAAUGUAUACUCAUGACAUGCUAUAGAAGUAUCCAAGAUGACAUUAUGUAUGCACAUUUUGCAUAUGUAUAUUAUGCCUUUCAUGCACUUCUAUUUGAAAUUCUGUUUAAUGCAAACCAAUACAUUGCUAAAUUUUCACACUUUUCCCCCAAAGAGCAAGGUCAUAGCAUUUUCAAGCUAUCACUUAAAGUGCCACUUUUACUACAACUAUCUAUACCAAAAAAAUAUAUUUCUUCAGUUGUGAUCACUUGUUUUAGUCUUAUUUCCCUUAAUAUUGUUGUUGGGCACUUUUUUGGCAUUUUAAUUAUCCCACUUUGAUAUAUAUGCAGUAAAAUUCUUAGUAUUUCAACUUAAAAACCCUUUAACCUUGUAAGGGUGUAUUUAUCAAGGGAAGUAAUUUAUAUGUAAAGGAACUUUCAAGAUUACAGGCCCUUGGAUUGAUUUUGAUAUGAUAUUUGUACAUUAUGUUGUCAUGUUAUCAUGUUAAGAGCUUAUAAUAUAACUUUAUACAUGUAUAAUACACAAGAUCAUUAGCAUUUUCAAACUUUAUUUGCAAUUUUAACACAACAUGAUAUGAUAAUUUUGUUUCUUGCAUUCAUUUUCACUAGAUUCAUAUGUAUAAACUACAUGUAUUAGUUAAUCAGGCAAUUUAACUGGUGUAAAAACAGUAAAAAAUAAGAGAAUAUUGAUAUUAAAAGCAUUUGAUUUUCAUUGAAUACAUGACAAGAGAGAAAAUAUAACAUUCACAAAAUCUGUGGAAGGCUUUUUUUAAAAACUAAUUAGGUCAAUGAAUAAAAGUGCUUAUUUAUGCCCAUAUCUUCUAUCAUGUAAUUUUUUGAAGCCACUUGAUUUCUGGGCAAAUUAACCGUAAUAUUUUUUUUCCUGAAUAUGCAAAAUAUCUGUUUAAGUAUUCAUGCAUAUUCAAAUAUUUGUACAUCAUGUUAUACAUAUGCAUGUAUUUUGCAAUACAUUAUCCAUAAUAUAUGCGUCCGUAAAUCAAUCAGAUCUAUUUUGGUUAUAUAAUUUCUUUGGUUAUAUUAUUUCUUUUUUCUGAUAUAUAAUAAUUGUACACAGAUAGAUAUUAAUUUAGUUACUUAGGAACACAAGUUAAUUCAAUUUAUUCAGUGAUCUUUCUGUUUAAUUCAGAUUUCAGUUUAAUAUUCUUACAGAUAAUAUAGUUUUUAGUCAAUUCAUAUGUAUAUGUCAUUAAUUCAUUUAUGGAAUCAGUUCUUAUGUAUAUAUAAAGGAAGCGAGGUAUUUUUAUACAUUUUUAUAUAAAAUAUAUACAUAUCAACUAUUAUAAAACCAUUCCCUGUACUAUAAAUAUAUAAAGAAUCUGAAAAAGGA